CUUGUUAUAGUGAAAGGACCUUCAGGUGUUUGUGGUGUCGUUAAAGUUCUCCAUGAAGAAGGAAGCAUGAUCGCCUUCAUGAACAAUUCUGACAGCGAAGAGGAACCCUGCAAUGAAAGGACAUCAUUGAUGUCAGCUGAGAGCCCCCUUCUACCUCCUUAUCAUGAUGGAGCACAGGCAUCUGAAGCUGCAGAAACACUUUCCCAUAGGAAUAGACGUACAGGCAGCACUGGCAGCUCUAAUAAAACAACGGAGGGACAUGUGCCUGACCCAGAAAGAGCAGCAGUGGGACAAGUUGUGCUGGAUAAUGAGGAGGAAGAGUUGACCUUAAAAUAUGGAGCAAAGCAUGUGAUCAUGCUGUUUGUGCCUGUAACACUGUGCAUGGUUGUGGUUGUUGCAACCAUUAAGUCGGUGCGUUUCUACACUGAGAAGAAUGGGCAACUGAUUUAUACCCCCUUCAGUGAAGAUACCCCCUUUGUGGGCCAGCGUCUCUUGAGCUCUGUGUUGAAUACCAUCAUCAUGAUCAGCGUCAUCCUAGUGAUGACCAUCUUUUUGGUUUUGCUGUAUAAAUAUCGUUGCUAUAAGUUCAUUCACGGGUGGCUGAUUCUCUCAUCGCUGAUGCUCUUGUUUCUCUUCACUUACAUCUACCUUGGUGAAGUGCUCAAGACCUACAACGUGGCUAUGGAUUACCCUACCCUGUUCUUUGUCAUCUGGAAUUUUGGAGCUGUUGGGAUGAUUUGCAUCCACUGGAAGGGGCCCUUGAAACUCCAGCAAGCCUAUCUCAUUAUGAUCAGCGCCUUGAUGGCUUUAGUUUUCAUUAAGUACUUGCCAGAGUGGUCAGCUUGGGUCAUCCUGGGAGGCAUCUCUGUUUAUGACUUGAUAGCUGUUUUAUGCCCAAAGGGACCUCUCCGAAUGUUGGUGGAAACGGCACAAGAAAGAAAUGAGCCAAUAUUUCCUGCACUUAUUUAUUCUUCUGCUAUGAUGUGGACAAUAGGAAUGGCAAAGCCAGACAAUGCACAAAGAAGGACUUCUCAGGAGAUAGGGGAUCCAGAAGCAGAGACCCAUGACAGUUCUUCAUAUACUGAGCCUGAAGUUCCAGAAAUGAGAAACUCAACUAUUGAUCAAACUGGCCAACAACUUGGUCAAAUUGCCCGCAACUUUGAAGAAAUUCAGGAAGAGGAAGAAAGAGGAGUCAAGCUGGGUUUAGGAGACUUUAUCUUCUAUAGCGUGCUUGUCGGCAAAGCAGCUGCCACUGCUAGUGGGGACUGGAAUACAACAUUGGCUUGUUUUGUAGCCAUCCUCAUAGGUCUGUGCUUAACUCUUCUAUUGCUUGCAGUAUUUAAGAAGGCAUUACCUGCUCUUCCCAUCUCCAUCACCUUUGGCCUGAUCUUCUACUUCUCAACAGAUAAUCUCGUGCAACCUUUCAUGGACACCCUUGCAGCUCAUCAGCUGUAUAUCUAAGAAUAAUGGUGAUCUGGUUUAACAGCUUUCAUGGGCAGCAGGCCAAUUUUCAGUGGAUAAAACCUUGCGAUUUUUACACUUAAUGCCAUAUCUUUUUCAAGAAAUGCUAAAAAAACAGUUUUGCUAGUUUCCCCUGGAACUUUACAGCUGAUUCUUCAGACUAUUGAUGCUCCAGAGAUCAGGAUCUGUGCAGCCUGAUCCUACUUGCACAUAUUCAGAGUUGAGUUCACUCAGAUUAUUUGGAACAUAGGAUUGUUAUUUUGGUGCCAUGGAGAACUGACUUUCCUCUUCAUGUUUUUCAUCAAUACAUUAAUUUCUUUCUUUGUGCAGAAGGUAGAUUGAUUGCAUUACCUUAAGGCAGUGUUUUUCAACAUUCUCAACAUUCCCCUCAGCAUGCUGGCUGGGGAACUCUGUGAGUUGAAGUCCCCAUAUCUUAAAGUUGCCAAUGUUGAGAAACACUGCCUUAGGUAAAAUGAAGAAUCCCUCUUGGGAUGUUGGUAUUGACAAGUUUAAGGUCCACUUUAUAUAUUAACAUGGGAUCAUAAUGGCACAGUAAUAAUACAGGGUAUUUUUUUUAAUGUUGGAAAAGCACUUCAAGAGAAAUACAAUUCAAGUAUAGGAACUGUUUGAAAGGGGAACAGAGUACACUGGGAGGUUUCAUCUUCCUCACCCUUGAGGGAAGAAAGUGGCCUGUUCAAACCUCCAGUAUAAACAGCUAACCAUGGGCUACCAUGGGAACUUUUGACAUUCCUGGUUUCACACUGUAAAAACAGCAAGAAGCAAAUUGCAAAAAGCAGAGCUGUUUUAGUGAUCCUUUGCUUUUUCCAGCUAGAGGCGUGGUGCUGACAUAGAUUAGGUUAUCUUCCAGGUAUCUGAAUGAAGACAUAUGAAUCUCUGGCUGUGUUCCCAUUUCAUUCUAAGCCAGAUUUUAUGUAACUAUGUUUUGAUGAAUAAUUGGCUGGAUCCAUGUUAUUAAUUAAGCUGCAAAUCAUGAUUACUAUUCAUGGGUACAAUAUGCUUAGCAAUCUCACGCUACAUGUUAGCCCUGACUUUAUUUUCUUUAAACUAAAAACAAAAUGAGAAGUAGAAUUCUGCAAAGCACCACCCUGUAGGUUUUGAUAGUGAUGGGACACAAUCCCGCCAGUUUGCCUUCUGCUAAAUGAUUGCCUGUGCCCACCAUUGUAACCAUUUGUGGGAGUGCCUGUGACCUGUUCUCAAACUUCCAAAUGUGCGACAGCUCACAAAGGUUAAUGUGGACCUUAAACUGAUUUCACAUAAUAUACUAUGCCAAAAUCCAAAUAAAUUGCAUUAUGAGUUAG